AUGGCGGAAGCUAUCAUCGAACCGACUGCCAAACUGCAGCUUGACGAGGAGACUGGUGAGAUGGUGUCCAAGAAUGAGCUCAAGAAACGCUUGCAGAAGCGGGCCAAGAAGGCUGCUACUGCUGCGCUGCGCAACGUCAAGCCAACGCCGGCGUCAAAAACGACACCAGCAAAUACUGUCAAGCCCGAGGAGCACAUUGAAGACCCCGAUACCAUGUUCAAGCAGGGCUUCCCUGCCGAUGUCUACAAGCUGCGCCCGUCAAAAGACGUGGUGACGCGGUUCCCGCCCGAGCCGAAUGGCUACCUCCACCUUGGGCAUGCCAAGGCAAUUGCCGUCAACUUCGGGUUUGCUAGACAUUUAUGGCGGCAAAACAAUCCUCAGGUACCAUUCGAUGAUACAAACCCCGACGCUGAGAAGGAGGAAUACUUUGUCGCAAUCAAGGAGACGAUUCGAUGGCUGGGAUUUACGCCAUCCGAGAUCACCUACGCGUCUAACACUUUCAGCGAAUGUCAGCGAAUGCCUGUCUGCCACUGCAACGACGUCGAAACCAAGCUGCAGCGCGGUGGCGAGGAAGGCUCAAGUCCGCGGUAUCGAUGCGAGCAUGCAAAGCACGACGUCGAGACAAACCUCAACAAGUUUCGCGGUAUGCGGGAUGGCGAGUAUGCACCUCAGACAGCUUGGCUCCGCAUGAAACAGGACAUCGAGAACCCCAAUCCCCAGAUGCGGGACAUCGCAGCCUACCGGAUCCCUAAGAACCAGGAACUGCACUUCAGGACGGGCACCAAGUGGCAGAUAUACCCAACCUAUGAUUUCGCACACUGUUUGUGCGAUAGCUUUGAAGGCAUCACCCACAGCUUAUGUACCACCGAGUUCAUCAUGUCGCGGGAGAGCUACGAAUGGCUGAACCAGCUCCUGGUUAGCUUCCAGCCUAUGCAGCGCGAGUACGGCCGCCUGAAGCUGAACGGCACGGUCAUGAGCAAGAGAGACUUAAGAGCUCUGAUAGAAACAGAGACGGUCCGCGGCUGGGAUGAUCCACGCCUCUACACCCUCAAGGCAAUUCGUCGACGAGGCAUCCCCCCUGGGGCGCUUCUCUCGUUCAUUCAUGAACUUGGCGUGACGACAGCAACGACCUCCAUAGACAUCAAACGCUUUGAGCAGUCUGCCCGACGUUAUCUCGAACUGACUGUCCCCCGCCUCAUGCUUGUCCUCGAUCCUGUGCCGCUAGUUAUCGAAGACGCCGAGGAACUGGAUCUCGACAUUCCUUUCUCGCCCAAGGACCCCAGGAUGGGCUCCCACAAGAUCAGGCUUACCAAAAGAGUCUAUAUAGACCGCUCCGACUUUCGUGAGAUCGACAGCAAGGACUAUUUUCGCCUCGCCCCAGGCAAGACUGUCGGGCUCUUACAGAUGCCAUACCCUGUUAGGGCCGUCUCUUUCACGAAGGAUGACACCACGGGGGCCGUCAAAGAGAUCAGGGUGGUCUUCGACAAGGACGGCAAGAAGCCCAAGACCUAUAUUCAGUGGGUGCCCGAAGGCUCUCCUAACGCCGAGGUGCGCAUCCACGCGUCUCUUUUCAAGUCAGACGACCCCAAGUCAGCGCCUGGAGGGUUCAUGAGCGACAUCAAUCACAACAGUGAGACCAUUUGGCCAAAUGCUAUGAUUGAGACCGGCUUUUACGAAGCGCGCAAACGGGCACCGUGGCCGGAGGCGGAGGGGAAGAAGACCGGGGAAGUCAGGCCUGGAAGUGUUCGAUUUCAGGCUAUGCGUGUUGCAUACUUUGCCCUUGACUCAGACAGCACAAAUGACAAAAUUGUACUGAACCGUAUUGUGGCAUUGAAGGAGGACUCAGGAAAGAAUAGCUAA